UAGAUAUAUAAAUAAGACUAUAGAAUGAUAUGUAUCUAAUCUCCCAUAAAUUAAUUAUCCAACUGCUUAAAACAAAUUGAAUUUUAUUGUGAUAUACUUUUCAAUAUUUUCUUUUGACGAUAUUAAGAAAUUGAUUGCAAAUUAUGUAACUGAAGUAAAUGAUUGACCUGCAAUGCUUUGAUUUCAGAUUGCUUAUUGUGAUCCGCCUGGUAGCCCUGGGCUUCUUCCUCGCAUGGCGAAUUCGCCACCCAAACCACGAAGCAAUCUGGCUCUGGGCCAUGUCCGUCACCUGCGAACUCUGGUUCGCUUUCUCAUGGCUCCUCGACCAGCUCCCCAAGCUCUGCCCCGUAAACAGGGCCACUGACCUCACCGUCCUCAAAGAAAUAUUUGAAUCGCCGAGCCUCCGCAACCCCAAAGGAAGAUCUGAUCUUCCAGGCAUCGAUGUCUUCGUCUCCACCGCAGAUUCUGAGAAAGAACCCCCAUUAGUCACUGCAAAUACUAUUCUCUCCAUCCUCGCCGUCAAUUACCCCGUCGAGAAGCUGGCCUGCUAUCUCUCCGACGAUGGCGGCUCCCUCCUCACUUUCGAAGCACUUGCAGAAACUGCAAGCUUUGCGAAAGUUUGGGUUCCCUUUUGCAGAAAGCAUGAGAUCGAGCCGAGGAAUCCAGAAGCCUAUUUCAGCCAGACGAGAGACUUUCUCAAGAACAAAGUACGCCAUGAUUUUGUCAGGGAGAGGAGGAGAGUGAAGAGGGAGUAUGAUGAGUUCAAGGUCAGAAUCAAUUCUCUUACAGAGUCUAUAAGGCGGAGAUCUGAUGCCUAUAAUGCUCACGAGGAGCUGCGGGCGAAGAAGAAGCAAGAUGAGAUGGGAGUAAGUCUCUCUGAGCCAGUUAAAGUCCCUAAAGCUACUUGGAUGAGCGAUGGAUCUCACUGGCCUGGAACUUGGUCAUCGGCAGAAAACGAACAUUCAAGAGGCGAUCAUGCCGGAAUCAUUCAGGCAAUGCUUGCUCCGCCGAACUCCGAACCAGUGAUGGGCACCGAGGCGAAUGAAAAUGGCCUCAUAAUAAACACCACAACUGUCGAUAUCCGUCUACCAAUGUUGGUCUACGUUUCGAGGGAGAAGAGACCGGGCUAUGAUCAUAAUAAAAAGGCUGGAGCCAUGAAUGCUCUGGUUCGAACCAGCGCGAUCAUGUCUAACGGUCCAUUCAUCUUAAACUUAGACUGUGAUCACUACGUUUACAACUCCCAGGCUUUGAGAGAAGGAAUGUGUUUCAUGGUCGACAGCGGUGGCGAUCGUGUUUGCUUUGUUCAGUUUCCUCAGAGGUUUGAAGGAAUCGACCCUAAUGACAGAUACGCAAAUCAUAAUUUGGUGUUCUUUGAUGUGACUAUGAGAGCCAUGGAUGGCUUGCAAGGUCCUAUGUAUGUUGGCACUGGCUGUAUAUUUCGUCGUACAGCGCUUUAUGGCUUUAAUCCUCCUCGAGCCACAGAGCACCGUGGAUGGCUGGGGAGAAGAAAGAUUAAGCUUUUUCUGAGAAAACCAACCAUGGGGAAGAAGAAUGACCGGAUUGUUGAAGCUGAGAAUAAUGAAGAAGAAGAAGAUAAUGACAUUGAAUCCUCAUCUCUUCUGCCGAAGAAGUUUGGCAAUUCGGCGAUUCUUGCAGCGUCAAUUCCAGUAGCAGAGUAUCAGGGGAGGCUGCUUCAAGACUUGUCUGGAGUCCAUCAGGGUAGGCCAGCGGGCUCCCUCGCAGUGCCUCGUGAACCACUCGACGCCUCCACAGUUGCAGAGGCCAUCUCUGUGAUCUCCUGCUUUUACGAAGAAAAAACUGAGUGGGGAAGACGAGUAGGAUGGAUUUAUGGAUCUGUGACAGAGGAUGUUGUCACUGGUUACAGAAUGCAUAACAGAGGAUGGAGAUCAGUGUACUGUGUCACUAAAAAAGAUGCAUUCAGAGGAACGGCACCCAUUAACCUCACUGACAGAUUACACCAGGUUCUACGCUGGGCUACUGGCUCGGUUGAGAUCUUCUUCUCAAGGAACAAUGCACUGUUUGCAUCCAGGAGGAUGAAGCUCCUUCAAAGGGUAGCCUACUUCAAUGCAGGAAUGUAUCCAUUCACUUCAAUUUUUCUGCUCGUAUACUGUAUUCUUCCUGCAGUAUCACUCUUCUCAGGGCAGUUCAUUGUCCAGUCAUUGAAUGUUGCUUUCCUCAUAUUUCUCUUGUUGAUCACCAUUACUCUCUGCCUGCUUGCUCUGCUAGAGAUCAAGUGGUCAGGGAUCACACUACAUGAAUGGUGGCGAAACGAGCAGUUCUGGGUGAUUGGAGGGACCAGCGCUCACCCUGCAGCUGUGCUUCAAGGGCUUCUGAAGGUGAUUGCAGGAGUUGAUAUAUCCUUUACUCUGACGUCGAAGCCCGCGAAUGAUGAAAACGAAGAUGAGUUUGCAGAGUUGUACAUGGUGAAGUGGAGCUUCUUAAUGGUGCCGCCAAUCACGAUCAUGAUGGUGAACAUGAUCGCCAUGGCAGUGGGGUUUGUGAGGACGGUUUACAGUGAGUUUCCUCGGUGGAGUAAGCUACUUGGGGGAUCUUUCUUUAGUUUCUGGGUUCUCUGUCAUCUGUAUCCCUUUGCUAAGGGGUUGAUGGGGAGGAGGGGGAAGAUGCCUACAAUUGUUUUCGUCUGGUCGGGGCUGAUUUCAAUUGUGCUCUCACUUAUGUGGGUUUAUAUCAGCCCUCCAGCAGGAGGAAGUCAGUACAUGAACUUUUAGUUUCUUUGAAGAAUGAAGAGCAGCAGCAGAACUCUUUGUUUUCUUCUUCUUUUUUUGUUUCUGGUUUACACUAAGUCUGAUUCAUGUAAUGAAUGACUCUAGUUUAUAUGAGAUUGUGGUUUGUACUAAGAAGCAGUAAUUUGAAUGAAUAGAUUUUCGUUGGCACAAA